AUGAUCAUGUAUCUCAUCAAGACAAGACGAGGCCACGAGAACGAGACACGCUACACGCGAUGCGCAAAACGCGGCUUUGACGGCAUCGCCGGCAACAGGCUCCGGAUCGGCAGACCUCUAACCACGCGGGGCCGACGCGUCAAGCAGAGGACUCUAUCCUUUCAGAAGAGUACCACAGGAUCCGCUCAGGCAGACGAUGAGCUGGGACGCAUGACCAGCAGACCACAGGUCGCAGACCCGGUAUUCCAGCAUGGAGCUCUCACCAAACUGUCGGAAACAAGCGUCGACCUAAAUGCCUCCUUGACCACUAUGGAGAUGAAAAAGGCACACCUUGGUUUCUGUUCCUUCUCCCACAAAUCCUCAUUCCUCAGCGUUGGCGGCCUAACUAUGCCAGAACUUGCGCUCCUCACCUCCCAAGACUUCAUCGGCACUUUUUCAGACCUCGACAAACCGUAUUAA